GUAUGGUCGUGUUGACACACGAAAUCCGAAGGGAGACGAAGCCGUUAUCGGCCGUGAUUGCACGUUCCUGGUUGGUGUUGGUGUUAGGAGAUCUGCAUAUCCCACACCGGUGUAACAGUUUGCCGGCUAAGUUCAAAAAACUCCUGGUACCGGGGAAGAUACAGCACAUUCUCUGCACUGGAAACCUUUGUACCAAAGAGAGUUAUGACUAUCUCAAGACUCUGGCUGGUGAUGUCCAUAUCGUGAGGGGAGACUUCGAUGAGAAUCUGAAUUACCCGGAACAGAAAGUUGUGACUGUGGGACAGUUCAAAAUCGGUUUGAUCCACGGACAUCAGGUCAUUCCGUGGGGAGACAUGGCCAGCCUGGCCCUGCUGCAGAGGCAGUUCGAUGUGGACAUUCUUAUCUCAGGACACACUCACAAAUUUGAAGCAUUUGAGCAUGAAAAUAAAUUCUACAUUAACCCAGGUUCUGCCACUGGGGCAUAUAAUGCCUUGGAAACAAAUAUUAUUCCAUCGUUUGUGUUGAUGGACAUCCAGGCUUCCACAGUGGUCACAUAUGUCUAUCAGCUAAUUGGAGAUGACGUGAAAGUAGAAAGAAUUGAAUACAAAAAAUCUUAAAACUAGUCUGUUUUGAUUUUUUCAUUACCCUAUUACCCUGUUCAAAUCAAGCAAUUAAACAUUUAAGAAUCACA